AAUCGUCACUCAAACGCCAUCUAAUCCAAGAUCUAGCCAAAGGACACCUAAUCCUAGUCGUCAACACAGAAAUAAAAGAGACAGCUUUGAUGAUCCGGAAGAAAAAAUUUUUAAAGAAAAUCCCCUUCAUUUCGUUAGUCCAGAAUAUGCACAAAAAUGUAUAGAUAAUGAUGAUUACGAUAUAUAUCCUCCUGAAGUCGCCCAGGAAAUCUUAGAUAAAUUGUAA